AUGACUUCAGAUUAUGCUUUAAAACUUUCGGCUGAGCUCGAAUCAGUUUCGCGUGUAAGGGCCGCACAGUUCUUUGUAACACAAAGACCAUGGCUUGAUCUUUAUGGGGUUAAUGUUAGACCUGUUGCUCCUUUUGGGAGUGCAAGCAGUAAGCCAUUUGUUGAUCCUGCACUGAUACACCGAUGCUUGCCUGAUGAGCUACUCUUUGAGAUUUUCUCAAGAAUGACCCCGUACGCUCUAGGGAGGGCAGCUUGUGUUUGUCGGAAAUGGAGAUAUACGAUCCGUAACCCUAUGUUUUGGCGCAAUGCAUGCUUAAAGGCUUGGCAGUUCUCUGGUGUGGUGGAAAAUUAUAGGGCUUUGCAUUUGAGAUAUGAUGGUUCAUGGAGGAAGAUGUGGCUUUUAAGACCGAGGAUCCGUACUGAUGGUCUUUAUGUCAGUAGGAACACCUAUAUUCGUGCCGGAGUAGCUGAGUGGAAGAUUACCAAUCCCGUUCAUGUGGUCUGCUAUUUCCGCUACUUGAGAUUUUAUCCUUCUGGCAGAUUUCUCUAUAAGAAUUCAUCACAAAAAGUGAAGGAUGUGGCAAAAUGCAUGAAUUUCCGUGCAUCUAAAGUAGACUGUGUCUUCGGUGGGCACUACACAUUGUCUGAGGACAAGGUUGAAGCUGCACUUUUGUAUCCUGGCUUGCGUCCAACUGUUUUGAGAAUCCGCUUAAGGUUGAGGGGGACAACAGCAGGAGCUAACAAUCGGAUGGAUCUACACUCACUUGUUACGAGUGGUGUGAAUGAUAACGAGGCUAAUGGCCCUGAUGAGGACAUUCUUGGAGUAGUUGGAGGGUGGCAGGAGGACGAAACUCACAACCCAGAUGUUCCUGCUAUUUCACACAAGAGGGGUCUAACACCUUUUGUCUUUAUUCCAUUCGAGGAGGUGGAAACGUCGGUUCUGAAUCUGCCUGUGGACAGAAUGGAUUAUUAUGUUCCGGGCUGA